CAGAGGAGGACUACGACGCCUUCUGCCUGGCGUAUAUGUUUACCUACAGGGACUUCGAAAUGGGCACCUUGGGACUUGCGUGGACCGGAGAUUUGAAGAACGCUGGAGGAGUUUGCGAGAAAAAUGGGCACUACCGUGGUAGCAUGAAAUCACUGAACACCGGCAUUGUGACUUUGCUGAACUAUGGAAAACACGUGCCUCCCGCUGUGUCUCACGUUACGUUGGCACAUGAAAUCGGACACAAUUUUGGAUCACCGCACGAUCCGGAACAGUGUUCCCCUGGCGGAGAGGACGGGAACUUCAUAAUGUUCGCCAGAGCCACGUCCGGCGAUAAGAAGAACAACAACCGGUUCUCGCCGUGCAGCUUGAAGAGUAUCAAUCCGGUGUUGAACUUUAAGGCUAGGUCGCCUAAAGGGUGCUUUACAGAACCAAAGGUUGCUAUCUGUGGCAACGGAGUAGUAGAGGAGGGUGAAGAAUGUGAUUGUGGAUGGGAAGAAGACUGUGAUGAUGAAUGCUGUUUCCCUAUGAGGAGGUAUGCAAGCUUGGAUGAACCGCCAUGUCAUCUGACGCCUAGAAGCAUAUGCAGCCCCUCACAGGGACCGUGUUGUACCAAUGACUGCCAAGUUAAGUUUGGAGAUAAAUGCAGAGAAGAUAAUGGAUGUAGAGAUGAGAGUUUCUGUAAUGGAAGAGAUCCUCAAUGUCCACCGUCUAUAAACAAGCCCAACAAAACUAUAUGUAACAAGGAGCUUGUAUGUUUCAUGGGGGAAUGUACGGGAUCAAUAUGUCUCGCGUAUGGAUUAGAAUCCUGCCAGUGCAUCCCAGAAAAGGACGAUCCGAAGACAAAAGCCUGCGAACUAUGCUGUAAACUUCCUGGUGAUAAUCAGCCGUGUCGGUCGUCGUUUGAUUGGAACGACAAACCGUACGACAUUCCUGACAUGUACUCCAAACCAGGAACUCCUUGUAAUAAUUAUAUAGGUUACUGUGAUGUAUAUCAGAUGUGCAGAGAAGUAGAUCCUUCGGGACCACUAGCGACGCUCACAAAGCUGCUACUUUCAGAAGAAAGCUUGGCUAGUUUCAAGAGGUGGAUUGUGGACUAUUGGUAUGCGGUUGCCGCGAUAUUAGUGAUGUCUGUCGGAGUACUGUUCUUCAGCACGAAGUACCUCGGCAAGAAGCCAAGCCCCAAAGUAAAAUCCCUGACGAUCGUACACAAAUCCACCACAGAAGCCGUGCGACUCCCCCCUGACGGUGAAGGGGUCAUCUCCCACCCUGUCAUUAACUCGAAAGUGCCUCUGAAGCGCAAAGUGCGCGACGGGAAGGUUCGUAGGAAACGGAAGGGCAAAGUGGAAUCCAUCAACAACAAUCUGAACAGUCCCAAUAAGGCGAAGGCAUCGCCGAAGAAGAAGAAACGGGUCGUGUCGGCGGCAAUAGGGGCUGAAGAGGCGAGGAAGAAGGGGCUGGACCCCAAUAACGUUAUCGAAGUGCCUCCUAGCAAAGUGAAGAAACCGGCGCAGACCUCCGCAGGGGCGUCGAAGAAGAAGAAAAAGAAGAAGGAGACUAUUGAUUAUAGUAGUGUUCAAGCGGAUAUUGAUGGGAAGAAGGGACUCAUUACUGGCGAGGUGGUGCAUAACUCCCUGACACCUGAGACAGACCCAGUCGGAAAGGUCCAGAACUGGCUGCUCAAGUCGCACUGCUCACUGCCCAAAUCCAAGUCCACGCCAGUAGGUCUAACCGACAAAACUCGACGAAGCCCACAUAAGCGCCCUACAAUUCGACCUCGUACCGACAAGAGCAAGUCGCACAGCGUGGGAAACAUCCCCAGCGAGAAAGAGAAAGUCAGACUGCAAGUCGUUUACAAACCGCCUUUCAAAUUUAGUGUUAGGUUGCGCAAGCCGGAGAAAACCAGUGUUGUGAUCGAAAAAGUCCCGGAGCCGAAGAAACCGGAACAAAAAUCACCCAGGACAGGUGUGCUAGUGCGGACUGUGGUGGAAAAAGACGUGAAAAAAGAAGAAACUGCAGACCUGGUGAAUGUAUCGGCCGGAUUGCCGGAGCACGAGAUCGACUCCAACAUUCAUACCGUCCAAUCUGAUUUAGAAGUAUUGCUGUCUGAGAAUGAGUUCGUCUUCUCGGACUGACACAAUGCUGUUGUUUACAAGGAUAGAUUUUAUAGGCUGUGGAUGAUACAUUCCGCACUCUCUGAGCUGCUGUGUUAUUUUUUUAUGAAUAUUCGCAUAUGCCAACUCUACAACUGAAUAGUUUCGGUUUGGCGCUAUUUGGUCAUGCUGUAAUACUCAUUAUCUUUCACCAUUAUUCAGCAAGUAAGCACAAAGUGUAAUACCUGGACUUGAGAGAAAAAAUAGGAGACUGUGAAAGCAUCUUAGACAUCGCUACAGGGGGGACUACAGCACUGAUUGACAUAUUCUACCUGUAGAUCGCCAGAUCAACGCUAUAUUGCCGCAUACAAAAAAUUAUCCGAGAUAAAUCGCGAUAGCAGAAUGUCAUGUAGGAGAAUUUAUCACAGCUGCGUUUCCUCUCUGUGCAAUAAUUCGAAAUCUACUGCGGCUAGUGGCGCUGUAGCCAACUAUACGAGCAUUAUAAGACAGUCUUUUACAAAGUUGAUUUAUAAUAAAUGCGAUAAGGAGAAACAUAGCUGUGACUAAUUCUCAUUGAUGACGCUCUGGUCUCUUAUUUCAUCUCGGAUAAUACUUUUACAUUGGAAUACAGCUAUCUUCAGGUAGAAUACAUAGAAUGAGUUGAGAAACUGAUAAGAAGUGGGCGAUAUGCUAUUAUUUUUUAGGGAACUGCAUUCUUUAAUAUCAUGAAAACGUUUCCCGGGUCAUUCAGGACGUCUCUCCAUUGUCAGUCUGCAUCAUAUCUAAAGACGAAGUUAACUCUGCGAUAAAACAUUUAAUGAUAUUUAAAAACUAGGAACAUGUUUUGCAGAAUAUGGAUGCAUUCAUAAACAUAUCUGAUAAACAUCAAAACAGCCGUCAAAAGUUUAACAGUUUCAUACUGGUUAUUAUACUUCCUCUUUUUCAUUGGAGUCUUAGAUCGAUUCGCGUCACACACACCCCAUUAAUUUUCAAGAUUUUGGCCUUUGAUGCUCAGAUACAGAAAAGCUCCGUAACAACUUCUGACGUAGUCGAAACCUUAUUGAAAGUUGUCUGCAUAGCCUAAAUAUGGAUCCGUGAACGUAUGAUGGAUAUUGGUUUCGCGUGAAUCUCAAGUUUAUCGGGUAUUUUGCCCUUUGACGUUAAUCGUAAAAACCAGAGUUUCCUUAUUAAGGUAUAUCCUGAUUUUUUAUUUUUUCUAACUCGUAUAAAAAUUGAGCAUUACAAGAACCAAAUAGAGCUGAUACUUGAAACUGAUAGAAAUAAAUGUAAAACUUUACAGGUUUGGGUAUUGCUCCUUUGUGUUGAAUUUUCCUUUAUAACAAUAACUGUCUGCUUACCUAACUAUAUUUCUUCUCCUAUCUAAAAAUUUCAGCAAAUGUUUUACGGGCAGUUGCACCCAUUCCACUGUUGUGAUAGUUGAAAAAAUUAAAUCACAUUUGGUUGGAUUAAGCAUUCUAAAACAAAACAGAUCUCAACUGACUUAAGUUAAAUAUUGACACCUGACAUAAUUACAACAUAAUAUCCCAUGUUUGUCUGGCCAAUAAAACCACAGGUAUUGACAGAAGCUUCUUUACUGUGAACGUUUCAAUCACAAAGGUGGUCUUCUUCAGUACCAAGACAAUAUAUUUUAUUUAUCUAUCAUUGUACUGAAACAGAUCACGUUUGUGAUUGAAACAUUUACAGUGAAGAAAAUAUACGUCAGUGCAUGAGGAUUAUCGACAUGUAAACCACAGGAUAAUUUUCAGAUGUUAUAUUAUAUUACAUGUCGCGGUCUUCGUGGUUUGAAAGAUGAUGUGAAGUAUUUAUUGGUGAUAAGCUACUAAUGAAAUAUAGUGUAAAACGUAUGAUAUUUUAUCAUUUGCUGAAACUCUAUUGUAGAGAGAUAGUUAAUUUAAACUUAUAAAACUUGUAAUACGGCUUCUUUUUUGAGUAAAGUUUUACAGAUUCAUAAAUUUCUACUCAAGGCUAAAAGUUCUUUGUAAAGUAACAUAUUUCAAAAAAGUGAUUAUUUUUUACAAAAAUAAAAAUGAAAUAUGUUAUCAACAGUGUUCUGUACAUAUUUUUCUAUAUGUAAAUGUAAAUAGAAUUGCUUAGAAAUGUACAGUGCCAUGUUUGUACUGUAAAUUAAAAUGUUGAUUCCUUAUACACAGGGUUGCAUCUUAUAAGACACUCUCUAACAUUUCUUAAUUUUUGUUAUUCCUUAAAAUGAAUAAAAUAUCGACAAUCAAUGUUAGGUUCUCGAAAUAAAAUAAUUUUAAGUGUCUAAUUUCGUCACCUCAUAAUAAAUAUUGUACUUAAUUUAUGAUUUUAGUAAUUGACAUUGUGUUUAAACGCUAGGAUAUUAUUUCAGUGUAACUUUUUUAUUUCAAGCUAUAUUUAAACACUUUUUGGGAAAGACGUCUUAUAGGUAUAAUCAUCUGACAUCCCUAAAUAUGUACUAUACUAUAAAAAUUAAAUAGCGUGCCAAAAAAUGUGUGCUCCUGUAUACCUAUAAUUUAGGUACCAGAUGAUGAGCUGUAAUUGAGCAAGUAUCCUCAUAUUAUCACAAAAGAAUGCAUGUUUAAUAACAGUUCGAAUGUCGAAAUACUUUUUUACCUGCAGCAUGCUACAAAUAGUAAAAGUGAAAUAUGAUAAAGUACUAUUUUGUGUACCUACCACGUAAUAUGUUCUUGUACUUAUUGUUCUUCCAUUGGUAAAACAACAUAAAUCUUUUUGCAAAAUGCAUAUAUUCUUACAUUAUCCUCUGUGUUUCGAUAGAUGCAUGAAAACUUGCCCAAUAUUUAACAAUAUUUAGCUUAACUCAAACCUAAAUUCAUAAUGUCUUCAUGUAUCUAUUUAGUUAUGUAUGUAUUGAUGGGAAGUGAGGAACCAUGAAUGUAUUAUCUAUUUCAUUCUUGUAAAAUAUUUCAAUAAAUUUUUAUAAUGAACACACAAA